GUCCUCUUGUUGCUGGAUGCUGGAACUCCAACGCAAAGUUACUGCUAUGCUUUAAGUAAUAGUGCCAUCCUUUGCAAUGAUGUGUUUCAGUUCGAUCCUAAGCUCAAAAGAUGUGUGUGCUUGAUGGGACCUGAUGAGACGUUGUGUCUAAAGGUGGAUGAUGUUGGUAAAGGUGAUGAAGGUCGACAAAACACGGAGUGGUACAAUGCGAUUAUGUCAGCUCUCAUCCCAUCGAGAGUUCUACGUUUGGGAAGGCCGAUUCAGCCGCAAGAAUUUUUUGAGUGUGCCUGGGACGUCGAAGUGGUCAGUGCGCCGAAGUUGAAAAGGCCACCUGGUCGCACUGAAGAACCGUUGCAGAAUAUAUGUAUUCGACUACCAGAUAUUGCGGGCCCUAAGAGGUUGUGUUUCUAUGCUCACACAAUCGUUCUCUGUAAACGUCGCAUUGAGCCAGCUAUAUGCGGUAUGCCAUCGUCGGGAAUUCCACCUUUUCAUACUGAUGACUUUAUUGAGAUUCCGCGCAAAUGUGUAGCAUUUUUUGGUUGUCAGGAACGUUACUUUCUAAUGAGGCUUGGAAGAGGUGCACCCAUGGGUGCAAGCGAAUUGUGGGCUCAGUGUGACAGUGAAGAGUGUCGUAAUGCCGCCGGGACUGCUUUCGCUGAGAUCACACCACAACCAUCACGUGCAGGAUCAUCGGCAUCGACAAAUAGUGGAGUUGGCCGUAAGCAGUCUACACCGUCUGGACCUGGCUCUGCACCACUCGGAUCCCGAGCUUUGUCCGUAUCACACGGAUCACAAUCGCAGUCUGGGAACACAUCUCGUGGCAGCAGUCUAAUGAGCAUUUUUCCUAUUCAAGCGUCCUGCAAUACAAAUCAUGACGAAGAUGAUGUUUAUCAAGCAAUGACAGCCCCUACUAAAUUGCGUUCAUCGCCUUCCACUUCCACUACUGACGACACCGAGAACAGUGGUGGCACCAUUUGCAUUGAUCAGGCAGACGAAACAAGAUCUUUGGAUAUGUCUGUUUCGCAGAUUUCUCGCGCAGUACAGGAACCACGAAUCAAACGGCAGUUAUCCGAGACAAUUCCAUAUCGACAGCAGGAAGAUCGCUGCUCUCUGGGAGGUAAUAUCGCUUCCGAUGGUUUAUCAAUGGAAGCCAUCAGUGAUAUGAACGCCAAUGCGCAAUAUAAACAAGACGAUGGAUAUACACCUAUGCAUGCUGCUGAGUGGACCGCUGGUGGAAGCAACAGUCAUCUCAUUGUUCCAGCAUAUGAACGAUACAAACUUGAGGAGGUUCGUUCGUAUGUAUCGGAUAGUAGUGACAGUUGUUAUUCAUCAAUGGCGGCAAAUGGUUGUUCGAAUUCUCAAGUUGCCGCAGGAGCUUCUGCUAAUCCACCUCGGGCAUAUUCAUUUGCUGGUCGUUGUAACCUUCGCCCUACUGGCUUGCAAGGCAAUAUAGUGGAAAAUGUUGAUCUUCGAGGCGAUAAUUCCGGCGGAGGGCUUCUCCCACCACAAGAAGAUCCACGGAAAAGAGCGUUCUCAUUGGGUAGCAAGACACUUUUCCCGAGGCCUUUCCGUAAGAUCUCGCAGCAUGCGUCACGGCAACAGCGUCUUUCUCAAACAUCCGCCUCUGGUGCAUCUCUAGCUUCCUCUGAAGUCUCGUCUUCAUUUGGACCGUCGUCAUCUAGUGCGAACCACCUGACAAGUUUGAAUUGCUCUGAGAAAGAUGAGUACUCGAGAAAUCGUUCUGGCAGCUUUGGAUCUGGGCGUAGUACUCCUUACAAUCGAAAAGGUGGAACUUCGGGAACGCGCGAUGGUGCUGACCAUUUUGUUGAGAUGGAUUUCGGAAAUACGAUCGGCCGAUCUGGAAGUGGUUCUGUUGGUAGCGUUGAUAGUCCUAACAGGUCUCGAACAUCGUCUUUCGGAUGCAGUGCUCGGAAGGACGCGGAGAUAUUCUCUUAUCCCACGGACCUACCGGAUUCUGGUCUUACACCCAGCCAACUGGUGCUUCAGCAAGCUAAACAGAGUAGUCUUGACGAAUCUUGUGACUACGUGAGCACCGAAGCACCGGAUCUAGUUGCUGUGAAAAACGCACUUGCUGAAGCCGCAAACGAGCACACCCAUUCACACCACCUCACAUUUCUUUCUCCUGUUGAUCCCAAAGCGAUCGAUCUACGCAGUUCACAACACUUCGAAACUAUUGAAGAGAGUGCGUCCUUGAAAUCGUCUCCAUGCUCAUCGAGAAGUUCGGUAAGUGCGCAUGAUGAUAGCAUAGACGAAGCGGAUGGUGAGAGGAGGCGACAAGUUACUGGUGAUGUCGGGUAUCAGCGUUUGAACACAAGUGAAGGCUCUGCAUCAUCAUAUUUACCCAUAUGUGCCACUCGAGCGGAUCGUUCUGCGUCGAAUCCAGUCUCCGAGAUGACAGAACUUCACCCGCCGCCGUCUGUGAUUGGCUUACCGAAGAGAAGUUCGGUACCGACCCUGAAAAGUCAUGAUCCUGAAGAUUCCAGCGUUGGAUUGAACUACGCUUUCGUGCAGGAUGCUGAGCCCCCUACAACCAUGUUGCUUUCUGAUCCCAUGAACGUCUCAUCAAGUCGUUCUCGCUCAAAAUCUGGAAUCAUAUUUACACAUAAUUAUGACGCGGCAAAGUCGGCUCUCGAUUAUGCAUCAAUUAAACCCCUCUGA